UUUUCUCCACAUUCCACCUCUCAUUUCCUAUCUUCCUCUCCAUUCCACUUGAAGCCAUGACCAUUAAAACCCCAUCCUCCCUCUCCUCCUUCCUCUUCCUCUUCCUCCUCCUAUCCUCCUCCGAUCUUGUUUCAUCCUCAAACUCCUCAGCAAUCAACAAUGGCAUCCAAGCGAAGCAUAAGAAAAGCACAAUACAGGCACAAAUACGAGACAGUUUGAGACUGAAGGAGAAGAGAGGCGGCACUGAAAGAAGAUUGAUGAUUGGUUCCAUGGCGCCACAUUGCACGUACAACGAGUGCAGAGGCUGCAGAUUUAAAUGCCAAGCCGAACAAGUUCCUGUGGACACCAAUGAUCCCAUGAACAGUGCGUAUCGGUACCGCUGCGUUUGCCACAGAUGAGAUGAAUCGGAUUAAUGGAAGAUGGAAGGUUGGAGAAGAGAAGGGGUUUUAAUCUAAGUAAGGAAUGGUUUUGUUUAGGAGAUUGCAAAGGUUUUGUUAUGGCCAUGAGAAUUCAUAAAUAUGUAUACCUAUAUGUAUUUAUAUUUGUUUCCAUGGUGCCUGACUGGUUGCAGGCUCAUCUAGAAAA